GCCCCGGUUAUACUAACAUCAGACGUUUUGGGUCGUACAGGGAAGGAUUUUUUUUGUUUUGUUUUGUUUUUUGUGCUCAAUCUCCUGACGGUGAUUAGCACUGUGAAUACAAAACAAACAGUUAGCAGAAGAACGAGGAGACCCAGCAUUUCCAAUGGUGCAGCUUGCCCCUUCCCCUGUACCUUGCCUCUCCCCUACAGACCAGGCAGAUGAGAAGAAAAUGGCAGUCAAGACUAAGAAGCAGGGAAGCCCCAAGUCUGAGGCCCAUCUUGCUCUCACCUCACUGCAGGUGGCUGUGGCUGCUUCUACAACAACUUACCAGGGCUACGACACCUACAUAGAGGAUGGGCUAGUCAGCCUUAAACACAAAAUCAGAAACAUUGAAAAAAAGAAGAUUAAGCUGGAGGUCUAUAGGCAGCGUCGGCAGGAAGGAGAACUUCUUAAUCAAGAUCAGCUGGAGGCAGUGGAAAAGUAUGAUGAAGUCAUUCAUAAUUUGGCAUUUGCCAAGGAGCUGCAGAAGACAUUUAGUUCUCUGAGUCAAGAUCUGUUAAAAGCCCAGAAGAAGGCAGUGCGGCGCGAGCAGGUUUUGAAGAUUGAAACGGAGAAGCGCCGCCUGCGCACCAUCCUCCAGGUGCAGUACAUUCUGCAGAACCUGCAGGAGGAGCAUGUGAGGAAAGACUUCCACAGCGGCCUCAAUGGGGCCCCCUUUCUCUCUGCCAGUGAGCUUGACUACCUCCUGAAGUUCUCCAAACUGGCCUCCCUGAUGCGCGAUGAGCAGAUGAGCCUGGAGGACCAGAUGGAGCAGGCAACAAGCUACCUUUGGGAGUUACUUGAAGGAGGAGAAAAAGUUGUGGUUGGUACUACCUAUAAACACCUGAAGGCACAGAUGGCAAAAAUGAUGGACUGUGGGUACUUUGACCACAUUCCCGUCCCUCAGAGUAAGAUGUUGGAGGAGGUGGAAGAGGUUCAUAAGGUAGUGGAAGAAAAAACAGAACCACUAAGAAAGCUGCCAAAAGAGGGCACAAAAGAGCUGGUGAAAGUGCUAGGAGAACCUUCUGUGCAGUUUAUACAGACGAGAGAAGUUCAGUUAAGAGAGUUUAACAGACGCUACUUGCCUGAAACAGACUUCCACAGCCAAGUAAAGACAAAGACCCUGCAGCCCUGGAAAGCUGAUUUUGCAGCUAUGAAACAGGAGCCUCCCGACUCUUGGGAGAUGCAGUUUGAUGACAGCAGGACGACAUCCCCACAGCCAGUGCCAACCAAGCAGGGGAGAGCUGCUGCUGAACAUGUUGCAAAAGAGCAAGUGGAGUCCAAAAUGACGACCACUUCACCAAAAAAAAAACGUGAGCAGAAGCCCAAAACAGGUGAAGAAGUUAAACCAGUGCCAAAGCCAAUACAUUCCCCCAUAGCUGUGUUCAAUUCCACUUCCUCCCUUCCAAAGGACCCAGCACUAAGAAGGCAGAAGAUACAAGAUUUGAUGGCUCAGAUCCAAGGGUCAUUCAGUUUUAUGCAGGACUCUGUGCUGGAUUGUGAGAGUUCACCUGUGAGUGCCAUGCCCCUGUUAGCACCGCUUUCUGUGCUUCCCUCGUCCACCCCCAUAGCACCAAGAGAAUCAAAGCAGAAAAUACAGGCAGACCUCCUUCCGCAAGCCUUGCAGACUGCCCCUUCAGCUGAUCGCAGUCCCAGCACUAGCCUGAAUGGAGAUCGGUCACUGAAUGGACCUGAAAUUGACUUCGCUUCGGCAGCUGCACAAGAAACUAUUUCAGCAUUGCCUGAGGCAAAGUCCUUUGUUUCUCCUCCAGCAAUAUAUCAAACUGCAUCAAUCCCAGCCCCCUUGGUAGAGAAGGGCAUGGACCAGACUCGGGUGCCUCUGCCAUGUGAACAGCAGAUGCCCCUUUGCAACACAAUGUCAGCCCCUGAAUUACAGACCCAGGCAUUCCAAUCACCUCCCACCAGCAACCAUACCUUAAGCAUGAGUGCAGCCCCCUUUCAGGCCAUGCAUACUAUUUUUAAAGUGAAUGCUCCGUUGCCGCCGAGGGACAUGAAACCAGAGACCUCUUCAUAUUCAGAGUCCUACAACCAGAGCUGUUCUACAGCUAGCACCCAGACAACCCUGCAGUGCUCCUCGCAGCCGGCCUACACGCUGGAUCAAAACACAAUCCCUCAUGAAACUCUGCAGCCAGGCAAGACCAACGCUUUCUUAAUCUGCUGGAGUGUCUGUGGAGGCGUCAUGAAUCUGGGUUUUUGUUUCAAUAUACACAAGGGCUUCAUCAAUGGGGUUUUCUGGUGUUUAACUUUCACAUGCUGUUUCGCUUGUUUCAUUUCCCCCCCCCCCCUUUCCACAGUCACAACCUAUCAGUCUGAAUGUCCAGUUAGCAAUGGAUGUCAAGUUUACAUGUCUCCAGGACAACAGAAUGCCUUCCCUCGCUCAAACCAGGCCUACUACAAUAACAGAGGCACAAUAAGAGGAACGCCCCGUGGGAGCAGAGGCCUGGCAAACUCUUAUCGCUCACCCAGUGGAUAUAAAGCAGGGUUUGAUGGUUACAGAGGUGGAAUGCAGUCUCCGGGUGGAAACUACACUCAUCAACUGUAUCCUGCCAGAGAAUAUACAACAAUGCUGUAUGGAUCAAGGGAAGCUGGGUUUCAGCAGAACUAUAAACGUGGAGGGCCUGCUGGACAGAAAACAAAUUCAAGAGCAGGGUGGAGUGACUCGUCUCAGGUGAGUAGUCCAGAACGAGACCAUGAAACCUUCAACAGUGUGGACUCUGGCCAUGGGGGCUCCCGCUGCAUCACGCCCAUCGACAUUCCGGUCACGAGCCAGGCGACCACCCUCAUGCCUGUACACGUCUACCCGCUCCCUCCGCAGAUGCGCGUGGCCUUCUCUGCUGCCCGCACUUCCAACUUCGCCCCGGGCACCCUGGACCAGACCAUCGCCUUUGACCUGCUCCUCAAUAACCUCGGGGAGACCUUUGAAAUGCAUAUGGGCCGGUUCUCCUGCCCAGCCAAUGGCACUUAUGUUUUCAUCUUCCACAUGCUGAAGCUGGCAGUUAAUGUGCCGCUUUAUGUGAACCUCAUGAAGAAUGAGGAGGUCUUGGUGUCUGCCUAUGCCAAUGAUGGUGCCCCCGACCAUGAGACUGCCAGCAACCAUGCUGUGCUUCAACUUUACCAAGGAGACCAGAUCUGGCUCCGUCUACACAGAGGUGCCAUCUAUGGAAGCAGCUGGAAGUAUUCCACAUUCUCUGGCUACCUCUUAUACCAGGACUGACUUUCCUGUGCUUGAAGAAAUUGUGAUAUAAGAUUUGGAGUUUUCAAUGCUGUUUUUUUUUUUUUUUUUUUUUUUUUUUUUCCCC